AUGGUCCGUGGCGCGAAUAAGCUCACGCCAAAGUGGUCGCAUGAUAGUCGAAUCGACGACCACCGACUUGAGCAUCAGCGGCUGAAGCGAAAGGCAUCUGCAGCGCCUGCAACUAAAGUUCAUGAUGGAAUUAAGAUUAUGGCUUCGCAAUCUGCUACUAUGGAUGCCUUCAUACGCAUAAUGACUGGUAAGGAGGAGCGCACGAUCGCUGAUCGCAUAAGUGACCCAAACCGACCGACGUGGGAACAGUAUAAAAAAGAGAAUUUAGACAAGCUAGACCUGAGCGGUGAUGAAGAAAAGAAAAUGAAGGAGUACAGGAAAAAGCUAGAUGCUGUUAGAGACAAGAAACUUGCCGGAGUCUCCGGUUUCAAAAAGAGAAUGAAACCGUACAGAAAGCGACCACGGUCUUCAUCAUCGGAUGUUGAAGAUGUGGCUGUUAGAAGCCGCAUCGGACGCUCAAGAACUGUUCGACAGCACAAAUAUCGAAGAAUUAAAAAAAGGCAUAAGCAUCGUCGGAAAUCCGAGGGCUCGGAUGAUAGCGAUACGGACUAG